AUGAGUAGGAGAAAAGAAAAAGAGCCGCAAGGUCAGUCAAGCGAGGGAGUUCGUGAGGCUAGAGAUCCAAGGUUCGACGAUGUGAUGGAUACCCUGUGGGAAAUAGGACAUAUAAUGGGAAUGCAAGCGCAGGAAAAGGCCGCAGCUUAUGCGCAGGCUGCUGAGGCCGCCCCAAUUGCUGGUAACAAAGUGGAAGAAUUUAUAAAGUUGAAGCCGCCUAAGUUUCACGGUCGUGGUGACCCCGAGACUGCCUCGAGAUGGGUGGAAGAACUGGAGAAAACUUUUAAGGUUUUGGGGUGCACCGAUGAAGAGAAGGUAACGUUGGCGAUUUAUCAGUUGCAGGAUAGUGCCAAUGAUUGGUGGAAUGCCACAGAAGGUAGAGUAUUUCCAGAAGGAACGGCCUCGACUUGGGCGGUAUUUGUUGAGAAUUUCUAUGAAAAGUAUUUCUCGGAGAACGCCCAGGAAAAGAAGUUAAUGGAAUUUAUGCGAUUGCGCCAAGGUCAGAUGACCGUUGACCAGUAUGAAGCGGAAUUUGCAAGGUUGGCGAAGUUUGGCCCGACAAUGGUAGAGAAUCCAAGAGAUAGGGCUUGA